CUACAGCUCUUCGCACUGUAUGAAGAAAGCUACAUAUCCAGUGCAGGCUGACAAGUGCGAUGGCAAGCAAACAGGAKAMGYUCGCCACACCCCUCGUUCUACCCAAUAACUGUAACUGGGACGAGAAGACCGGAAAAUAUACCACAAAACCGAACGUCAAACGUGAAACUCUAACCUUGGUUCCUAAAGCAUUAGAUCAACUACGAGAAAUCAAGGGUCAUGUAUGCGUGGUAUCUAUUGCUGGUCCUUGCAGAAGUGGGAAAUCUUACAUCCUGAGCAAGGCAUUUGACCAAGGGGAGGUGUUUCCAUUGGGUCAUCUUCUUGAUCCAGAAACCAUGGGAAUAUGGCUAUGGGUGGUGCCAGAGAAAUUCAAAGACAGUACAGGAAGAGAGUUCACAGUAGUUCUGAUGGAUUCUGAAGGCAUCGAUGCAGUUUCCAGCAAACAAUCUGAUGAUCACAGGAUAUUUACUUUGUCAGUUCUGUUGUCAUCUAUCAUGAUUUAUAACUCUGCUGGUGUGCCAAACAGAUCUGAUCUUGAAGGAUUGGAGUAUCCUUGUUUACAUUCAUUUUUUAGAGGCUUUUAAAAGAGAGAAAUGUGUGUUUAAUGUAAGCUAGUGUAACUAAUACAAUUGGCAUGGAAACGACC